CGCGUUCUCACUGGACUUCACGAGUGGUUUUGAUGGUGUUUGAGGGUUAUAAACCGCUCUGUGCAGGUUUUACAGCUAUACAAGAAGGAAUGCAAAAAAUCUUGCAAGGAGCGAUUCUUGUGGCAGAAGCAGGGCAAAACUGCCUUGUAAGAAGCUCUUGCAAGCGCAGUGGCACCAGUAUCACCUGCAAAUGAAGGAAGGAAGGUCAGCAAGUUUUGUGAGGCUAGAGGGGGAUCCACCAUAUUUCGGCGCCACAACUAUAGCACCACACCACAGGGGGCAAGAAGAUCCCCUUGCUUUUCUCAUGAAGACAUAGUGGCA